CCUUCUUCUGGCACCGUUACGCUGUACAAGGGAGUUGGCCUUCGGGCAUACCAGAUAUCUUUUUCAUAGGUCAAAUCAUUACCUUCACUCGAUGUUGCUGGUACCUACAUUCUUUACGCGCAUUCUCAACUUGAUACGCUCAACCUGAUCAACUGGUCUAUCAUAUCCCAGCCAUUCCCUUCUUCCCCUCCCACACCCCUCCGCCGAGCUACGAUUGCCUGUGUGAAUUGUUCACAUAGAAGAUAAAGCAUUACGAACGUGCUUUCUCAAAUUGUCUGGCUCUUUUGCCAAGUAUCUCCGUUAUAGGCUACCACACUCUUCAGUUGCGACCUCUUUGAACUGCGUUCUCGCGCUCUCUCCCUUUGAGGUUGUCGGUGUCAGUCAGUCUAAACACACUAGAUAUCCCUGACCGCCUCCACAACCCACGACGACCGGAAGCUAUCUCUUUCGCACCGUCGCACGAUCUUCUCUCCUUCGAUCACCCUGACCAUCUUUCGAUCGGCGUGUUUUCCCCUCUGGAAGAUACUACGGAGAACAUCAGUUUGCUCACAUACUUCUCACCGCUCGCCCCAUUAUGCCGUGCUUCAAGGGUCUCGCCGUGAGUAUACACACUCCGGACGGCCCUAUUUCCGAGUACUCGAUCCAACGCCAAUCCCGAGCCUCUCGCAUAGCUUGUUACAUUCCCGUACCUCCACCGAAGCUACCAGGUUCAGCUACCGGAAAACCCGAACAAUCCACCUUUGCAGUUUCAAUCACAUUGCUGAAUCCUGGUCAGGAUGUGCCCUACUCUACCCCAAAAUCGACACCGGAAAACCCCACACCUAAGCCCAAGGUUGUUGGGGGUCUUCCCGGCCAAACGGCAGAGCGAGGCCAAUAUAGUAGCAUGGUGGCACCGUAUCAGCCGCUGACAAACUCUCCGAACGAGACGGUCGCAGCUUAUAUCUACUUCGACGGGCGACAAAAGGAAGAGGUCGCUACUUUGCUCCGGAGAGGCGAGGAGACCUGGGUGAACUCACGAUGGGUCAGUGUCCCUGAGUCAGAAGGAGGUGGCCUUGCUGAACGGGAAUUCCUCUUCCGUGAGGUAGGGUUGGAGCGCUGGCUCAAUGGCUUAGACCUAGAAGGGAAGGAUGUGGCCGCGAAGAUUGAGCGGAGACGGCAGAAGAUGGAAAAGCGUCGUCUAAAGCGUGCGUCGGCCGAUGGCAACAGUGACCUGGACAUGGACUCCAAGCAUGACAAGGGCAUCAUGCGCUAUGGUGACGACGCGAAAUCACCCCUCGAGGACGUUUCGGACGAUGACAUGUCUUUCUCCGAUUCGGACGACGACCCUAUUCCUGAGUCUGCAGGGCAGAUCAAGGUGGCUUUGUUCCGUGUUCUGGCCUCGGGGGAGGUCAAACGUGGUGAAUACUCGCCGCAGUUCGAUGCUCAUGAUGACGACGACGAAGCCCAGCCAGACGGGAAUGGUGGGACAGAUGCAGAUGUCGACCAUACAACGAGUUUUGCAAAGCCCAAGACCCUCGACCCCAAGACCAUCAGCACACAAACGGUCACCGGGAUCGACCCAUCCGACAAGCCUUAUGCUAUUUUCACAUUCAUGUAUAGAGGAGAGCGGCAAUUGCAGAAAAUGGGCAUGUUAAAAGAUCCCAAGUCGCAAGAAACUCCUGGCUCGGCAAAGCGCAGAUCACUUCAGCCGGACUUCGCUAAUAUUGGUCCUUUGAAACCCGGUGGCACAGUUGGAUUCUUGAACUUCCGGGACAGUUCCGAGAACAAGCAGAAGGGAAAGAAGAGCAAGGCCGCUGGAGAUGACGACAUGGACAGUGACGAUGAUGACGAUGAUUCGAUCUUGGGUAAAGCCGACGAUGAAGAGGCUAAGGAGGACGAUCAGCAUCUGUCACCAGAUGAUAUUAGACGCCAGGGGGAACUGGCCGAGGGCGUUCGUAAGAUCAAGCUCAAACGCCAACACUCCUCAGCAUCUCUGGGCACUAGUACCCCCAAAACGGACACCGCUAGUCCCCAGCCGUCAGGAGAGACUCCUGCAGCAUCCAGUAUCUCCACCACCCCUCCAACUGCACCAGCAGUCCUUGCCGGCAUACCCGAGGUCCCCAAGCCUGCGGCAAAUAAUCUAAACGGAGAGUUCGUGGGGAGCCCCUUAAAGAAACAAAGAGCUAGUGUAUCCCAAGCGGAUGAGAACGCCUUGCGACGGAGGAUUGAAUCAGGGUUAUCUCAACCCGUCAGCGGAGCUUUGGAUAGUGCCGCUUCAGAGGGACCUCAAACUGCAGGGGCGGAUUCCAGCUCCUUUGGGGCCCAGCCUCAACCAGUUUCACAGGAGAAUGAGGACGAAGAGUUGUGAUGAAGCUAUCUCGAUGAACAUAUUAUUAGUUAUAUGAACUUACUGGGUUCAACAUGACUCCCAAUUGGUUCUCGAUCGGGGAAUUCCCUCCACUACCACGUCGGAACGCUAACUUAGCAAUCUUCGAUAAUCUAUAUCCUAAGCUUUAGUUAUUUUGUUUUGGCUGGCACAUAUACAAACUAUGUGAACAACGUUUCAUCUCUUUUUGUUGCCGUGUUUGGAAUGGGGAACACUCUCAAAAGAUUAUCUUGAUGGCUAUGAUGGAUUGGCGUAAGUGGACCAAUCGAUAGCCACCUAGUUGGUUUUUUCUUUCUUUUCUUCUUUCUUUCUCUUUCUACUUGGGGACUUCUACUUUUCUUCUCUCUCUCUCUCUCUCUCUCUUUUUAACGUUUUGACGAUGAUAACGACGGUAUGGAGACUAUUCUGGAUUAUGUGCAUGAGUUGGAACUACCUUGUGCUGGAUGGUCCUAGGGCUCUCGCCUACAAGGAUCUAGAAUUCUUUACUUGAUACUUUUGAAAAGGUCUGGGGUAUAAGUUAAUUGCUAUAGAAUAAAUGGAUCACGCGAGGUACAAACAUACGAUUGAUUUGAAUCUGAA